AUGGCUACCAAAGCGAAGAAGCAGAGGCCGGCGACGCUCUCGGUCUACCUUUACAUUCCGAAUAUUGUUGGGUACAUGAGAGUUCUCUUGAACUGUAUUGCGUUUGCUGUGUGCUUCUCCAACAAGACGCUCUUCUCGCUCUUGUACUUUUUCAGUUUUUGUUGUGAUGCUGUUGAUGGAUGGUGUGCUCGUAAAUUCAACCAAGUUUCUACGUUUGGAGCUGUUCUGGACAUGGUUACAGAUAGAGUCAGCACAGCCUGUCUUCUCGUGAUUCUCUCCCAAAUAUACAGGCCUAGCUUGGUUUUCCUGUCAUUGCUGGCUUUAGAUAUUGCUAGUCACUGGCUGCAAAUGUACAGUACAUUUCUAUCAGGGAAAACCAGCCACAAGGAUGUGAAAGAUAGCACAAGCUGGCUGUUUAGACUCUACUAUGGAAACCGGAUGUUCAUGGGUUAUUGCUGUGUUUCCUGCGAGGUUCUUUAUAUAAUCCUUCUUCUCAUAGCAAAGAACCAAACCGAAAACCUGAUGAACGUGGUAGUUGAAUCAUUGAUGCAGAUUUCACCGCUCUCUUUACUCUUGGCUUUGAGCAUAUUUGGUUGGUCGAUCAAGCAGAUCAUCAAUGUGAUUCAGAUGAAAACGGCUGCAGAUGUUUGUGUACUGUAUGACAUAGAGAAGCAGCAUAAGCCAUAA